AUGAAGGCAGUACCCCAGUGUGAAAUUGCAACGAGACACCCCUUGCUUCUGCGGCCUAAUAUCAGGCCAUGCAUGAUCUCUAUAGAUUUGUUGAUCAUGCGAAGUCCGUUGACAACGCCUUACUGUAAGCAUGCAAGAGGAACAGGUCUUAGAGCUUCAUCUCGUCUAAGCAGAAGAAGAUUCAGAAGAUCAACAGCCCCCUCAUUUGCCAACCAAGGUAUAAAAGGCCUGAACAAUCGAGCCUGGUCCCAUCAUCAUCAUCAUCAUCAUCAUCAACGCAGUUUCUCACCUCAACACGGCCUUCUCAUCUCUCAAGCUCAACUGUCAGACUCCAACCAACUCCAAAAUGCAGUUCUCUACUAUCCUCUCCCUCCUCGCCGUUGCUGGCAUGACCAUGGCUGCCCCUUCUGUCGCGCGUACGUCUCCCAACCCCUACAGAGUAACCACCCAACUAACGAACCAGGUCGCCAAUCUAAUCACAACGGUCUUGCCGGCGUCAACGUUGAGAAUAACAAAAUCCCCGUCAACGUCGACGUCCCCAUCAAGGGCAACAACGUUGCCAACGGCGUUGCCAACGAUGUGCUCAAGGACGGCGUGGACGUCGAGCACGUCGCCGAUGCGGUGAAUGCCGGUGUACUGGGCAAUGCAAACCAGGUUGCUCCCCAGGGCUUCUAG